AGAGAGAAAGAUCGGGAAAGAGCUCAGGCUCGGGGCGGCAAGGGUAAGAACAAGGACGAUGGCUUGACCCCAGAACAGCGCCGAGAGAGGGAUGCGAAAGCGCUCCAAGAAAAGCAGGCGAAGAAGGCCGCGGGGGCAGCGCCGGGAGGGAAUUCCUCCGGAGGUAAAAGCAAAUAG